UAGCAGCACGGUACGGAACUCACAGAAUAACUAGCCCUAUCGGUUCGGCGUAUAAUUGGUCACACUGCCGCUGGUUACAACUGUGCAGUCGUUGUUCCAGUGUAUAAGACGAACAUGGGGAAACCUGGAAAAUGUGUCGCUUGUGGCAAGAAAUUUCAAACUAAAAAUAAGGGAUACAAGCGUUUUUCACUGAAGUCACAACUAGGACCAAGUUUUGGGGUAGAUGUCGCCGCUGCUUUAUCUCAGGCUCUGCCAGAUAUGAUUGACAAAUUUCCGGACGAGGGUCAUGUUUGUGAUUCCUGCUUUCGUCUCCUCAGGACUACACUCAGGCAAAGAGAGCAACUUUUGAAGACAGAAAUAGAAUGGGAGAUGAGAUUGAGGAGUGGUCCUCAAGGAAAGCAUAUGCCCAAAUCAAGGGUGAGAGGCAAAACACGUAAAAAUGAGAGCAGAACUAGCAAAAGGAAGUUGGAAGAAGUCCAGAAUACCAUGAAUAACCCACAAGAUUCAAACUCUCGCUCCGAACGAAGACGAAAACGUAUGAAAUUGGAGCCGACAGUGGCUGUUCUGUGCAAAAAUGGUGGACAUAAGAACUACAUGAAGAAGUCCAUAGCCUACCUCAUGCAGUAUAGAUAUCAUAAAGCCUUUAGCAUCAUUAUUGCAGAAUCGGAAAGGGCAAAGAAAGCAUUCAUCGGAGUGAUGGAGAAAGAGAUCCGCAAGGAGGCGUUCUACUUUUGCAAGACGGCUGAGAAACUCUCACAAGAAACUGCAAUCAAAAACUUUUCAUGGAAGAAAAAGUUGAAGAAGAUGGAGCUUGAAAUGCCUACAUUCUACUCCGCCUGCCAUGCUGCCAUGGAUACAAGAAAAGGGACAGUCAUGGCCGAUUCUAGGACAAGUCCUUCUUCCAGAAAGAGGCUCAUACGACCAAGGCUAGGACUGAUGAUGACUCUACCACUCUAUGCGAGACGAGAGAGAAAGUUUGGCUUCGUGAUGAACAUCCUCUCACUCCUGUUCCACAGAUACGGCAGUCAUGAAAAGAUGCUGAAGAUCCUUAGACAUCUAGGAGUGUGUCAUAGGAACUCCCAGCCUCUGAUUCGCAAGGUGGAUGGCAUGAAGGCUGAAGAGUGUGAGAAGCUCUUAGCAUGGGCUGUCAAGAAUCUGGCUGAAGUUAAGAGCAGGGAUGGCGUAGCACCCAAAUCAUCUCACAAGGGCAAGGUUGCCAAGGCACAGCUUCCUCCAACGGACUCUCACCACUCAGAUGACUCGGACAGUGACGAUGUCGAGAGCGAUAAUGAGAAUACCAUGGUCAAUGAUGACGAUGAUGAUGGAGAAGAUGAUGACGAUGAUGAUGAUGAUUCCAGUUUGUUGAAUUUACUAUCAUCUGAUGCAUCAGACUCCGGGGAAGAUGAGAAUGAUGGUGGUGAUGGUAGUGAGGAGGAUGAGGAGGAGGAUGGCGGGGAGAGGGGGGUAGAUGAGAUUGAGGGGGAGGUGAGAGAAGAACAGGUGGAGGUGGAAGGCUGGGUGGAUUUCAUAGAAGGGGAAGAAGUUGAAAUCCAAACUUUGGUGAAUAUCUCUAAAGCCUUGAAAGAGAUGACAUAA